AUGAUCCCUGAAAAAGAAGCUGAGUCGCCGCUUCAACCCCUUCCACCGGUACCAUGUGAAUCAUUUUUGUCCAUCCCAAACGAAAUCGCUGUGAACUACGUCGCACGUAUCUCUAAAAUGUAUUACCCUUCGCUCUCCCUUGUCUCCAAGACCUUUCAUUCACUCAUCUCUUCACCAGAUCUCUAUGCCGAGAGAUCUCGAUUAGGAACCACCGAGAGUUGCCUCUAUAUCUGUCUACGGUCUACCAACGUACCCUUCACUCCACGUUGGUUCAGCCUCUGGGUCAAACCUAAUCGAAACCAAACCGAUGGUAGGAUCAUGGAGAAAUCAAGUGGAAAUCUCUUUGUUCCUUUAACUAACCCUUUUCCUCCAUAUUCAAAUUCAACAGUAGUGGUCGGUUCGGAGAUAUACGUAAUCGGUGCAACCAUGUACGAUGACCUCGAACCGUCCUCAGAUGUUCGGGUGUAUGACUGUCGGAGUCACACGUGGCGCAAUGUCCCAAACAUGAAGAGGGAGAGGAGAAACGCGUUUGCAUGUGUUCUUGAUGAAAAGAUUUAUGUGAUGGGAGGUUGUUCUUGUUACGACAAGUACUCAAGUUGGUUCGAAAUGUUCGAUAUAAAGACUCGGACAUGGAGAAACCUACCGGUGAUUCCUGACAUCCACGUAAGAUUAGCAUAUGACGGGAAUAUGGAUGGAGUGGAAGGGAAGAUUUACGUAAAGGAUUGUCGUCGCCAAGGUUGGAUCUAUGAUGUGAAUGAAGGUAGAUGGAGUGUUGAAGAGAUCAGGUAUAGCAGUACUUAUUGGUGGUGGCCAAAGUAUUGGUGCGUGAUAGGUGAUUUGAUAUAUUGUUACUCUUACUUUGGAUACAUAUGGUAUGAUUUAGAGGCUAAAAGGUGGACAAGAUUGGAAGGUAUGGAAGGGUUGAUGAAGUUCUGUCGUAUUCAGGGUCCUCGUAAUACUACUUUUGCUCAGAGUAUGGUUGGAUUAGUUAACUAUGGUGGAAAGCUCGCUGUUCUUUGGUAUAGGUCUGUUGGUGAAAAGAAGAAUAUUUGGUGUGCCGUGGUUAAGUUGGAAAUAUGCCAUAAUGGUAAUGGAAGGGAGAUCUCGGGGAAGGUUGAGUGGGUCGAUGUGGUGCUUACUGUCGACAAUUCGUAUGACGUCUUGUGUUGUUUAGCUAUUCCGAUUUGA